AUGGGUCUUCAACGUACGCCUCCUCCUCGAUCUCAACCCCUGAGUUCUGCCCCUCCUUCACAACCCAUUGAGGAGGAUGUGGUCCCCUCGGAAGUCGACAAGACGAAUGAAGCGGACAAAACAACUUUGUCGAAUCUCACUCCUGCCAGAGCUUUUGUACCUCGUCACCCGGGUGUGAUGAGAACCCCACCUCAUGGAUCAUCGGAAGCAGAAGAGUUCAGACAGCCAGAGCAUGUUGAUGAGAGACCAAUCCGACCGGCACCUUCUCCUAUGACUACCCAGGACAAAAUGGAUGUUGACCCGGUGGCAGACGAAGAAGAAGAGAAGGAGGCCGAACAAAUAGUAGAAGCAGAGAAGGUAACUGAGGACGUUGAUCUCCCUGUUGCGACCGUAUCUAUGGAACUGGAUGGACAAGAACAUGAAAGCCCGAUAAAUCCCGCCAGUCCCUCUACGCCACCUUCUAUACCUCAAAGUUCAACUUCUCAAGCAGGACCAUCAAAUUCUGCUAUUGACGCCGUUCCAACCACGCCUGCGACUCAACCAGCAGCACCCAAAACACCAAGAUCAAGAAGAAAAACUAUGGAACCUUUGCCUUCACCUCCCAAACCCUUACCGCUCGAUGAGAACGAAUACGAAUUCGGAAGGAGAUAUCAGUUGACUAUGGAGACUUUGGAAAGAGCCGUGAAAGCUGGAGCCCAAAGAUGGACUGCCGAUCAUUUUAGAGGAUGUUUUCCUGUGAUGGCGAAAGAUCUAUCGAAGGCAAUGGAGAACACAUGUUUAUCAGCCAGUCAAACUAUGCGCAAUAAUAUCAUGACGAAUGCGAAGUAUCAUAUGGAGCAUUACAAAGUUGGACCUGCAUUACGGGCCAUUGACGAAGUAGACAAAGAAGCUAGAGAUCAUCUGCGUGCGAAUCCGGCAGAAUCUGAGCAGGGCAAAUUGGGAAGACCCGAUGCUUGGAGGCCCGAUCUAGCCCCCAACGCUUUAGUCGCCUCGAGUGUUCUACCAAUAUACGAUGAUGCUUAUUCCAAACUCAGGGAAGAAUAUGUGGAUCUGCAUAAAUACUGUUCGGAAAAGUACAAGUCCAUAAUUGACAAACAGAAGUUACUGGAAGAUUUGGAAGGUGGAGUAGCGGAUGGAGUGGUGGAUCUUGACAAGACAAUUGAAAUAUUCAAUAAACUACCUGUUGAAGAGAUGAUGCUGUGGACGGAAUCGGCUGAAACGAAACUAGAAACGAGAGCUCCCGAACAAGUAUCGUGA